AGAAUUGCUAAAAAUUAUGAGAAAAUUGGAUCGAAAUACUAUCACUUUGAGAACGAUGAAGUACUUAACUGGUACGAGGCCCAGGACAAAUGUAUAAGCUUGAAUGGCAACCUUAUUAGUCUUAAAAAUGAAGGGGAGUGGAACGCCAUUACCGCCCGACUGAACAAACAAUCAAGCUAUUGGGUGGACCUUAACGAUCUUGAAAAGGAGGGAGAAUUUAAAUCGGAAACCAGCGGACAGGCAGCUCCUUUCCUUAAGUGGGAUAUCGCAGAACCAAAUAAUCUGGCUUUUUCGAUAAAUAACGAAAACUGUGUUGAGUUGCGGGCACAAUAUAAUCAUUAUAUGAACGACAACAACUGCUAUUCGAAGAACUACUAUAUUUGCGAAGCGAACUUAAAUGAUUAUCCCACAAAGGAGAGUCAGCAAUAA